AUGUCGGGGGCCGCGACAGUCGCCGAAUCACCUGCGUCUACCCGCCCACAAACCCCUGCGCUGUUCCAUCCGUCGGACACACCUCCAGCCUCGAGCACCCAGAAGAGCCACCCGAUCGACUUCAACGGCUUCAGCUGGCCCAGCAUUGGCACUGAGGAGCGCCGCACCGAAUCGCCAGAGGAGAAGGAGGCGCGGCUGAAGAAGAUGUCGGAUGCCGUGCGCACGCUGCUCGAGUGCAUUGGCGAAGAUCCGGAUCGCGAGGGCCUGCUCAAGACCCCUGAGCGGUACGCCAAGGCGCUUAUGUUCUUCACCAAGGGGUACGAGGAGUCGAUGAACGACGUGGUCAACGACGCACUGUUUGAUGAAGAUCACGAGGAAAUGGUUAUCGUGCGCGACAUCGACAUCUUUUCGCUCUGCGAGCACCACCUGGUUCCGUUCUGCGGCAAGGUGUCAAUUGGAUACAUCCCGAACCGCCGCGUGCUGGGGCUUAGCAAGCUGGCCAGGAUAGCCGAGAUGUUCAGCCGCCGUCUGCAGGUCCAGGAGCGCCUGACAAAGCAGAUUGCAGUUGCGCUCAGCGAGAUCCUGCAGCCGCAGGGCGUCGCUGUUGUCAUGGAGGCUAGUCACCAAUGCAUGGUGAUGCGCGGUGUGCAAAAGCCAGGCAGCAAGACCAUCACGAGCUUUAUGCUCGGCCGGUUCCGCUCGGACCCCAAGACCAGAGAAGGAGUUUUUGUCUCUGGUCAGGUAGAUGAGCAGGAUUCCUCUGCAGCAGAGGGGAUUCUCUCCCCUCUUUUCUUCGGCUGUGGGCUUCCACUGCAUACUGCCACCAGGCUUCUAACCAGUCCCUUGCGUAAAGGAAAGGAGGGGCUACUACCGAGUCCCUUCGCCGCUAGCCCAGUAUUUUAUGUUACCAGCAAUAUCCAUUGA